UCGUCACAUAAAUUAAAUUGAGCAUAUUCCGAUAAGGUAGAUAAAGAUAUUAUUUAAUGCAGUUUUUUCAGUUGACAUGUAGAAUUUAUAUGUUCCAUCACUUACCAAUUUCAGUGAAACUAUUCACUAUUAUACCUUACCUUAAAAAAAACAAAUUCAUAUAAAAAAAAGCUCUGCAAAAUUUCUGGCUAAUUCUGCAAUGUCAACAACCAAAAAAAGGGUUAUUUUACGCAACGUUACAGUAAAAUUGGGCUGCAGUAGCAGUUGUAUCCGGCCCAAAUUUUCCAGCAUUUUCCACCCUAAACCCCGCCGCCACCACUCCGCCGACACCACCGCCGUCUUCAACCAUCACAAAACCCCCAAUAAUAAGUACUCUUUCUCUAAUUCUCCGAUCACAACCGCAACCACUUUUUCUCCAUCUCCAACUCCGUCUCCGUCUCCGGCACACUACUCCUCCGACGCUGAACGAGCUGUUCAAGGAUUCGGUAGAAUCGGCGGCGAGAGUGUCGCCGUCGAGAAAGAUUCCGACGAUCCUUACAUAGAUUUCCGGCAGUCAAUGCUGCAAAUGAUACUUGAAAAGGAGAUUUACUCUAAAGACGAAUUAAGAGAACUUCUCAACUGUUUUUUGCAGCUGAAUUCUCCGUAUUACCAUGGAAUUAUUGUUAGAGCUUUUACGGAGAUCUGGCACUGUGUUUUCUCCGUCAAUCCCGGAGUCACCGGAGCUGAGUCGCCGUUCUUAUAGAGCGGCGGUGAUAAUGGCGGUAGAGGAGGGUGGUGAUCACGUGUUUAACAUGAAUAUAAUACUGACAAUUUAAGGUGAAGCUAGAAUUAAGAAUUGAUUAAAUCGGUAAGUUUAUUUAGUUUUGCAUUUAUUUUUAAAAAAAUUAUUCAAUCUACAUAAAUUAUUAAUAUAUAAUUUAGUAAUUUAAAAGUGCUAAAAUUUCUAAUCAUAUGUUCUGAAGGUUAUGAUUAAGAAAUUAAAUUCUUUUAAGUUACUUAAUUACGAAUAAUUUAUGUAAAUUAAAUAUCUUUUUAUGAUAAAUAUAAAAUUAUUAAGAUUUGUGAACUCUAAAUGAAGAUAUGAGACCCAUAAUUAUUUUUUGGGUUUCAUAAAUAUUUAUUUUCUUGUAUUUUACUUUAGGGGCGGGGGAUUUUUAUUUAUAGCAAAAUGUUGUUUUCACAGUCUUUUUUUUAAAAUAUAUAUAUUUAGGAAUAUAUGGGUGGUAAAAAAAUGCUGUGAAAAUUGUAAUCUUUUAUUUCUAAUAGUAAAGUAAAAAUAGGAAUGUAAGGUUUUCCAUCUUUUUCUAUAUAUAUAUAUAUAACUUCUUUUGUAUUUUA